UACUUAUUGCACCAGCCCACAAGACACAUUCCUCAGGGGACUUUAGAGGAACCCAGUUUCUCCCCCAUCCCACCUGCAAUAAAUCAGCAUAUAUGUUGCCGUCAUCAGCAAGUGCUAGCCAGCAUAGAGGGCAUGUAUGGUGCUCUUGCUCAAAGGGCACCCCCCACAUUAAGAGAACAAAAAAAGUGGAGGAGGAGGCGGAGGAACUUACCAGAGAGGAAAGGAGGACAUUGGAAAGAAAACUAAAGAAAGAGCGUAAGAAGGAAGAAAAAAAACUGAUGCGGGAAGCUGGAAUUGCUGCUAAGAAAGAAGAGCCCAAAAAACCAUCAGGAGCUGAGUUGGCACUGGAGUAUUUAACUAGCUGGUCCAAAAAUCCAAAAGAAUGGAAGUUUCAAAAGACUAGGCAGACUUGGCUUCUUUUGCACAUGUAUGAGAAAGAGAAGGUUCCAGAUGAAUAUUUCUCUAUUUUAUUGGACUAUCUGGAGGGGCUUAAGGGCAGCGCGCGAGAUGUAACCAUGCAGAAAGCUGAAGCUCUUAUGAAAGAAUAUGACAAUUCGGAUACAGAAGAUCCAGACCUGUUGGAGAAGUGUGAGCGCAUACGAAAAGUUUUACAGCUAUUAUCAUGAAAGUGUGUAAACCUUGUCAUUAGAUUUCUAGAUUCACCUGUCUCUAUCAUUGUAUGGAGAACAGGUGAAAUGCAACAAAUAACUUCCAAAAAAAUAUGUAAAUACAUGUUUUUUCAUUAAGAAUUGUAAUUAUGAUAAAAUUUCAUGUUUCCAUUGUACAGUGUUUUAAAAUCAAUCAUUAAACAGUUUAUAAGGAGACUGUAAUCAAAACGAACCAUAGUGUUUGCCCAUUAUUAAACAUUCUAUUUUGGCUCCAUCAA